UUGGCCCGGCUUCCGCUUCCGGUGUCCGGCGCGCACGUUUCCGUUUCCGGUUUUUGUCUGUUCUGUGGGAGGCUGCCGCAGUGCUGUGUGAGGAAGAGGCGGUUGUGCGGGACUUCAAGAGCUCUCCCUCCGCAGGAAGUACAUUGAAGGCAGGAGACUAGAGGUCUCCUUGCUCAGGAGGAGUUUCUCUCGCGCUCAUCGCUCUCAACGCCAGAUCGGGAUGAUUGAAGUGGUUUGCAAUGAUCGGCUGGGCAAGAAAGUGAGGGUCAAGUGCAACUCUGAUGACACCAUUCGGGACCUGAAAAAACUCAUUGCUGCCCAGACUGGUACCCGGUGGGACAAGAUUGUGCUAAAGAAAUGGUACACAAUUUUCAAGGACCAUGUGUCACUGGCAGACUAUGAAAUCCAUGAUGGCAUGAAUCUAGAACUAUAUUAUCAGUAGUUCGGUUGUGGCAGAUAUCACCUUUGCCAUGGUCUGUUUUGUUCUUCAUUUGUAAUUUCACUGAAACUGUCAAUGGCUUGUUUUGUGGCAUGAGCUUUGGCUAGCAGUAUUUUUACUCUUUAUGGCAAUAAAUCAGAAGACCUGUA